GGGCAGGGUGUUACAUUUGUGAUAAAGAAGAUGAUCUAACAACUUCUGAAGAAGACGAGGAUGAGAUACAACUACUAGGAGUAGAAAUUGAAGAAGAAGGAUGCAACAUUGAACUUACACUCAUCCAAACCUUUUUGGGUUCGUGAUAAGAGGUCGAAUUUUUUAACCACUUGACAGCUUUGAAUACUUCCUACAUCUUCUCCAAUCUGAAUCAAGGAGUACACCACCUACCAAGGCAUCCACCAUUGGGAAAACCCAGGAGGAAGAGCUCAAGUGUAAUGAUCCCAUGCACCUCUGAUUCAAAGUUCAACAAAACCUUUUAAACCGAGCAUUGAAGAAGAGUGGAAGAGAAUUCAAACAAGGAUGGUCAACCUCAUAUGUAGAAACUAGGAAAGGAGCCACUAGAGGAGCAACCAUCUCAAUCAAUUUAACCAAAGGAGGAGCUUCAAGAGGAGCCACCUAUCAUGAAUGCUGAUGAUCAGACCAACACGGAGUCCAACUUAGAAGAAGAGCAAGAUGCCCUCACCUUCAAAGAGAUCGUGGAGGAGUUCAUCAAUGAAAAUAUAUCAUCUACCUGAAUGGAGGAAACUUCAAGCCACACCUAUCAAGAGUUCAACUUGAUUUGGGAGGAGAAAACUGACGAAGACUGCAGCUUCAAUCUUGGAGAAGAAGAAAAAUUCUACAUCACCCUCUACAACAAAUGAAGAAGCGCAAGGAGUAGCCAUUCCACCUACUCCAAGAAAUGAAGCUCUAUGCAUAGAAUAACCAAAAUUUUGAGAGGAUGAACCCAUUCAAGAUCCCCUUAUAUCACCUUCUCAAGGAUCUGCACAAACUUUGGAAAACAAGAACCUUGAAGAAUAAGGGUUGAGUAAGAAGAUUUCACCAUUCACAAGGACAUUCUUGGUAAAAAUAUGGAGGAUGUUGUUCCUAAAGUUGGAGACCAUGAAGAAAAUUUUGAAGACAAGGUGGAGAUACAUCAAUGAGUCAAACUAGAUCUCAAUAGACUACUUGAUGAAGAUCCAUUUUCAGCAUUUCUGGAAAGCAACCACGAGACCAUAGCUUCAUAUCUAACCCAAAGAGGGGAAUACAUGAAUCCCUUAUUGUUGUGUCGCCACCUCUACCACAAUGCCAAAAAUUAAAAUUUUAAAUUGUGGGGUAAAAGGUGCAAGGUGGAGACUAAGGUGGCUUAUGCUUCAUGGUCCACUUUCAAGCCAAAAGAAGAAGGAUGUACACACUUGCAGCUUGUAGUCAAAACAACGGAUUUCAAGAAAGAAUUAAGUUUGGGUCCUUGAGGGAUGAAGAGCUAUGCCUAGCUCGAAGGCAUAAAAGAAAGAGUGUUUCAUGGGAGGCAACCCAUGUCUGGCAUCCAACUUAAUGAUGUAAAAUAAAACUGCUAUCAUGAAGACAACCCGAAUUUUUCAAGGAAGCUCAAUUCCAAGGAGAUUUUUCUAGGAAGGAGAAUUUGUGAAGACCCAUCUUUGUAAGAUGGUGGAAAAAAGAGAAGGAUCAUCAAUGCAAGGAAGCAAGAGGGAGAAAGCCAUUCAAGGAGAUAUGGAGACAAAGUCAAUGGAGCCUGCUCAAGCCCUCACAAUGGAGGCAUCUCAAGCCAAGAAGGAGAACAAAGUUGAUGAAAUAACCUUUAAGGAGAUAGCCAUCCAUGAAUAAGCCUCUCAAUUCCCCUCAAUGGUGAAGAAGAUGAUAGAAGCUUUGGGAGGAGAAGAGAGUGUUGUACCACUAUUGGAGAGCAUCAUUGAUAUGAAGAACCCAAAGGAGAAGCUCGAGCAACUUCCGGAGAAGGAGAAGAUUGAGAAGACUAGCAUCAACUCAACCCCUUAUGGACGUAAAAACUCAUUAGUGUGUAUGAAGAGAAGGAGGAUCCUAGUCAUUGCACGAUCAACUGUCUCCUAGAUGACCAUUACGUAGAGCAAGGUUUGGUAGAACUUUGCUCUAGUGUCAACAUCCUACAACUUCCUCUCUACCAAGAUAUGGAUCUUGCUGACAAGGAAGAUAUAUAUAGAGAGAGAUCAAGAUGGCGGAUAACACCCCAUGUCAACAUCUUGGAGUAGUUCAAGAAGUAAGCACCCAAAUUGGACCUUUCAUCUUCUUUCUAAACUAUGUGGUGAUUAAGAUGAAGAUAGAGGGGUAUUCCUUGAUCUUUGGAAGACCAUUUCUGACCACUUUUCAUGCUGUGAGAUCACCCCAUAUGUAGGAGAGAUCGUGCAUCGAGUAGCGGGGUCUAUUGAAGACAAUGAGGAAGAGAAGACCAUUGAAGAUGAUGAUUUAAAGGAGAAUGAAGAGAUGGAGCCAGCGAUAGAGAUCAAGACUCGAUCAAGAUCUCUAUAUGAGGAUUUCUUACAUACAACAUAUCAUCACUACGAUGAGGAUUUGGAAUGGGGAGAAAAGUUGAAAGAAGCUCAGCCAACUCCUGAUUUGAAGCUAACACAAAUGGCAUUCAAGAUAGUUAGUACAAUGUCAAAGAUGAUAAUUUUGAGGAGAAUGAAGAGAUGGAGCCAGAGAUAGAGAUCAAGGCUCAAUCAAGAUCUCUAUAUGAGGAUUUCUUACAUACAACCUAUCAUCACUACGAUGAGGACCUGGAAUGGGGAGACAAGUUGAAAGAAGCUCAACCAACUCCAAAUUUGAAGCUAGCACAAAUGACACUCAAGAUAGUCAGUACAAUGUCAAAGAUGUUGCUAGAUAAGACUAAAGAGCUGGAGUAUGAAGCAUCAAAGGACUUUUAAGAUUUCAUACACCAAAUUGGAUUCACUCCACGUCCUUUUGGAGUCUACCACGAUCAUAACGACUGGAUGGAAGAUGAAGAGACAUUAGAACUUGAUUAGCCAUGCGAUGAGGGCAUGUUCUUCGAUUGGAAGUAAGAUCUAUCCCUUGUUUUUCUUUGGAGGAUUUAAAGCACUUGCCCUCUCCUUUUUUUUCUUUUGUUUGUUGUAGAAUCUUCCUAAAUAUGAUAAGUGUUGCCUAUGCCUCUAUUUUCGAAACUUGUACAAUCAAGUUAGGUACCUUGUUUUCAAACUUUACCAUAGCUCACUAUCUUUUAGUCCAUUGAGGACAAUGUCCAUUUUUGAAUUGGGUGAUACUUGUUACUUGACUAUGCUUGAUGCAUGACAUAUUUGUAGUCAUUCAUAGUGGAUGAUACAUAGAUGCAUCUUAUUAAUGAGAUUGUAUGCAUGAUUAUCUAGAAUGAGAUACCUAAACAUUACUUUCUCUUGCUUGCUUUUUUGUUUCUUUCUUGCAUUGGUAUAUGACACAAAAUGAAGGGCACCUCAACCCACUAGUUUACUUUUCCUUGAAUUGCAUACUCGAUACAUUAAGUUAGAUUGGAGUAGUUAUUAUACCAGUGACACACAAUGCUCACUUCUCACAACAACAAACAAGCUAAGCUUGAUCGUUGCUCAACGCCGCAAACCAUCAACUAGUUCGCUGGUCUAUCAAUUGAACCACACCAAACUCAAGUAGUUGGACAAGUGCGGAUUUAGGGCUGGGCCACCCCGGGCCCAAGCCCAGCCCUCCUCCGGGUUUAGAGCUAGUAUAGUACUUGUGAUUUUCUCAAAUUUAGGUAUUCAGUCCAUUAUUAUUUAAAAGUACGCCAUUGUUAUUUAAUAAUAAGAUUUUGUGUAACUAGAUCAAUGGUCUAGAUGAACAUAUCCAAACCUCAAAGUCUAAAAUGUAAAAAACCAAAAGUAUAAAG